AUGUCUCCCAGCCCGACAUACUCGUUGGCAGACGUGCUUGCUGUUGCACAAAUGCACCCAUUCUAUUGCUCAGCUCAGUAUCCACCAGAUGAAGAUGCCAUUCAGGGUGCGAGGGAGGAAGCAGCACAGAAGUUCGAACAGUUUGAUCUAAAGGCAUGGCCACCGCUACUGAAAAGUGAUUUGUAUACCGUGAUUGAGCGGCUUAUUAACGACACCGACCCGAGGAACACCUAUCGCUAUAAUGUUUACACCAGCGUUACAGGCGGAGGUGGCGGUGUAUCGAAGCCGUUGUUCUUCGCGACAGAUGCGCUUGAGAAUCGUCGGCAUAGGGCCCUCUUUGGCGAGUUCCUUAAGAAGAUCGGCAUCAUCGAACGUGGGGACUGGGUCCUGUCGACCCAUCACGGCGGCAGCUUGUACAGAUCUCUUGACCUAACACUGGAGAUUCUAGAAAAUGCUGGAGCUACUGUGCUAGCUGCUGGGCAUCAGUGCCCACCUCCUACUGUGGUACAGUUACUGCAAGACUUCAACGUCAACGUCCUCGCCGGCGACAGCAGUCAGAUCAUAUCAAUUGUCCAACAGAUAUCAACCAUGUCAGACAUGAAGAAGCGGAUCAAGAUCAAAAAGGUGAUCUACACAUCCGAAGGGCUUUCCAUCAUACAAAGAGCGCAAAUCUAUGAAGUGCUUGGUCCGGUAAUCAUAUACUCCAUACUCGGAGGUGCUGAGGCUGGGCCGUAUGGAGCAAGCAGCCCGUUUCUUGUGGAUUUCGAUCCUGAAACCAACUGCAACGACUUUAUAAUCGAUACAAGAAUGACAGCUAUCGAAGUUUUCCCGCUUUCUUGCACUGCGGGUGAAAGCGGCUGGAUCGCCGAGCCACUGCCAGACGGAGAAACAGGUGUCAUUGCACAAACGGUACUGACACGUCUGCGCCAUCCUGUCAUACGUUACAUAACUGGCGACAUAGGAUCCCUUCAUUCCCUACCACACAAGGCCGUUGGUCGCAUUGCCAAACAUGAUCUGCGUCAUUACCGAGUUCUCCGCCUACAGGGCCGCGACCAUCGCUUCAGCUUUAUGUGGGAUGGAUGCGACUUUCAGUUCGACAAACUGAAUAAGAUCUUAUCUGAUCCUCAGUCGGGAGUUCUCUUAUGGCAGGUGAUACUAGACAAGAUGCAACCGUCACAAGAAAUUUCGUUGGAGAUUCGUCUGCUGAGCGGCCAGAGCUCGGGGGAUACUGUGCACUUACAAACCCUUUUGGAGCUUCUGAAGGCAUGUUUAGAUGUCAGUGUUUCGAAUGAGCACAAAGUCAAGGUCGCCUUUGUAAAUGAUGUUCUUGGGUUUGAGCUGAGUGAGACAGGCCGAAAGGUUAUUCGGUUUGUUGACCACUCCUCCUAG